GGGUGCCGGCGCGGCCGGCCGGUAGCGCUGGGUCGGGUCGGGUCGGGCCGGGCCGGGCCCCGUGUGUCGCCGCCGGGCCCACUCCUGCAGCCCCGCGGGGAGCCCUCAGGGCACUGAGCGGCCGCCCUUCCCGAGGGGCCCGUAAGAAGGGGGAUGCCGCUGCCCGCCGGCCCGGCGCUCCCCUCUGGCCGCCUUGAACUGGGCUUCCCCGCGAGAGAGUGGGAGCCGUGGGGAGGGGAGAGGGGCCCGAGGAGGGGCGCGCGUCUCCCUCCUCGUCGCCUCGCUGGGUCUUUUGACGUCCCACGGUGUUCGGCGGCUCUGUGGUAACUUGCCAGAGCUUUGCUGUUCGAGCCUCUUGGCGGUUACGGUGCUCGAUGCCCCUCAUCUCGUUCUUUCUCUGCCCUAGCUGCACUCCAGGGGAGUUGACACUCACCAGGCUCUUGACUACACAAGAACUUUCAUCUCGCUCUGAAGCCUGAGACCUCCUUAUGAAAAGUCCUUUUUCCACUCUCUGCCAUCUCCUCCUCUGCCAACACGUAGGAAGCAAUGUUCUAAAAAUGUCAUCAGGCAUCCAAAUAAAACCAAAGACUGCAGUACAGAAAAACAAGACAUCUUCUCCUUUGUCGUGUUCUCCAGAACCUGCAAUUAAACCACAGCGAAAGCCUAGUGACAAGCUGAAUCCUAAAACUAUUGAUCCGUUUGGUGCUUAUUCUCGACCACCUUCUGCAUUUGCUGCUAUAUACGCUAAAGGUGGCAUUCCAUGCAGGUUAGUGCAUGGCUCAGUAAAGCACAGACUGCAAUGGGAAUGCCUUCCUGAAACUGUUCCUUUUGAUCCUCUUCUUGUAACAUUGGCAGAGGGUCUAAGAGAGACAAAACAUCCCUAUACAUUUGUUUCAAAGGAGGGUUUUAAAGAAUUACUUAUGGUUGAAGGUGCUACUGAAAAAGCAAUUCCCUUGUUGCCUCGUCUGGUUCCAGUGUUAAAGGCUGCAUUGGCCCAUUCAGAUGAUGAAGUAUUCGGAAGGGGAUUGGAUGCUUUAGUUCAACUGAGUGCUGUUGUUGGCCCAUCUCUUAAUGAUCAUCUCAAGCAUCUACUCACAAAUCUUUCAAGGAGAUUAAUGGACAAGAAAUUUAGAGAAAAAAUUACCGUUGCUUUACAAAAGUUGGAACAAUAUGGUGGAAAGGCAACUGUGGCUAUCAUCAAAUCUAAAAUUCCAACCUAUUGUUCUAUCUCCUCUUGAA